GCGCCUGACGAUCAUAUUAAGUUGUGGGUCCCUUGUGUAACGUAGCUGCACAUGUUGAACGCGAGGCCAGCUGCUUUCACGGUCCACGAGACGUUAUUUGGCUUCCCGCUACUUUAGAGCCUCAAUUCCCUCAGGUCCUUACUAUUGUGUUUCGACGAAUCGCUUGAGACUGUCUUGGAAUGUGUGAGAUCAGGCCAGUGGAAGUCAAUCAACGAGACCUCGUCGAUAAAGUACUCGCCCGUUACCCGGAGGAGUUCACAGUUUUCCGAGAACUGUUACAGAAUGCGGACGAUGCUGGAGCUGAGAACUUCACUAUUGUAUUUCAAGCUUCACAUAGAUAUGCGAGCAAUGGGACGAAGCCAGAUCUCAGUUCAGUUAAGGUCUGCAAAUGGCUUGUGAGGAAUGACGGUGCCCCGUUUCAAGACCCUGACUGGGGGCGUCUGACGAAAAUUGCCGAAGGCAAUCCGGACGAACGAAAGAUUGGUGCAUUCGGAGUCGGUUUCUUUAGUGUAUUCAGUGUCACCGACAAGCCGAUUGUCAAGUCGAAUGGAAAAAUGGUAUCCAUCUAUUACGAAGGAGACAAGCUCUAUGUGAAGAAAGAGGAAAUCAUUCGUGACAGCAACAAUUGCACCGUGAUCGAGAUGGAGCUGAAGCAGACGUCGACCAUCCCGCGGAUCUUUGAACUUACGCGAUUUCUAGUAACGUCCAUGACAUUCCUGGCUCGUAUUCAAUGCAUUACGAUCUCGCUGGACGACACUGAGCUCUCUCGUUUGACAAAAACUCGGAACAAGGGUCAGUCAAUAGUCAUUCCAGAGCAUAUGGUCAGAAGAAGUCCGGGGGAUACCAUGACCGUCGCCUCUGUCAAACUCAUCUGUUGGUAUCUCUCACGCCUUUCCAAGUCCACGCAGCUCUGAUGGUCAUGGCAGCCCAAGAGGUUGAGGUUAUAUUCCCUGAAGAUGCACUCGUUGGAGGUCCGAAAACGCUCAUCACACGAACGGAUCUGGAAGAAAGCGAACGAAAUCCGACGAAAUCCAAGAGCUUCUUCUCGACGGAGAAAAUGACGUCGAAAGAAAAUGGAAGAAUUGCAGCUCCAAAAUUAGCAGGCGCUGUUUCUGACACCCCG